AUGCUGUACGGACCAUCCUGGGAGCAGCUCCAUGAAAACCGCUUCCAUAGCAGAGUCAACCAUCACGCCGUAACAGAUCUCGCAAGCCAUUUCGCCGGCCGCACAAGCCUUCCGGACUUACCGAUUCAGGAAGACUCCUGCGAUGUCCUGGUCAUCGGCGGUGGCAACGCUGGCUUCUCCGCCGCGGUCUCUGCAGCAGAGGCCGGCGCGAAACGCGUUGUCAUCAUCGAUAAAUGCCCGGAGGAUUGGGCAGGCGGAAACUCCUACUUCACCGCCGGAGCGAUGAGGACAGUACACGGUGGUCUGGACGAUCUCCUCCCCAUCGUCAACAACGUCGACUCUGAGCUGGCCAAGAAUAUCGAUCUGGAUCCUUAUACGAAGGAGAACUUCCAAGGCGAUAUGGAGCGGAUAUGUCUUGGUAGAUCGAAUCCACGACUUCGGGAUAUCUUGAUUAAUGAGUCCAAUGAUGCGAUCAAGUGGCUUGCAAAAAAGGGCGUGCGGUAUCAAUUGUCUUUCAAUCGCCAGGCCUUCCUGGUUGACGGUCGGUACAAGUUCUGGGGUGGCCUUCAUCUGAAGACCGAAGAGGGCGGCAAGGGCUUGAUUGAGGACCACAAGAAGAUUGCUCGAUCGCACAACAUUCAAGUCUUCUUCUCGACUGCAGCAACCGCGCUUCACAAAGACUCUAAGACUGGCGGUGUGACUUCUGUCAGCAUUGAACAGAACGGCAAGCCGUCGAACAUCAAAGCAAAGGCAGUCAUCAUGGCAGCUGGAGGUUUCGAGUCAAAUCCUCGCAUGCGAUCGCAGUACCUUGGACCUGGUUGGGACCUUGCCUAUGUCCGAGGGACGCCCUACAAUACUGGAGAUCUACUUGAGAUGGCCCAGCGAGACGUCUCGGCAAAGCAAGCAGGCCACUGGUCUGGCUGUCACUGCACUUGCUGGGAUGCCCAUGCUCCUGCGGACACAGGAGACAGAUACAUCUCGAAUGAGUUUACGAAGUCUGGCUAUCCACUUGGUGUGAUGGUUAACAACGCCGGCGAACGCUUUGUCGAUGAAGGCAUUGACUUCCGAAACUACACGUAUGCCAUCUUCGGCCGGGCAAUCCUGGGCCAGCCGGGUGGUGUCGCUUUCCAGGUCUGGGAUUCAAGGACAAUCCCGUGGCUGCGGAGCGAAGAGUAUCGGGAUGAAGUGGUAAAGAAGAUAUCUGGAAACACCAUCGAAGAGCUUGCUCAAAACUGUGCAAAGGAAGGGUUGCAAAACCAAAAGAAGUUCGUCGACACGCUCAAGACGUUCAACGAGGCGGUAUAUGCGCAAAUGGACGAGCAUCCGGACCGCAAGUGGGAUCCUGCUGUCCAGGAUGGCAUGUCGACUCAAGCAUCUACCUCGAAGCUGACCCUGGCGAAGUCCAACUGGGCACUGCCUAUCGACAAGGCGCCGUUCCUGGCUGUCAAGGUCACUGGUGGUAUCACGUUCACGUUCGGCGGCUUGGCAGUGAAUCCAGAAAGCACGGCUGUCAUCUCAUCUAUGACGCAGAAAGAGAUUCCCGGACUCUUCUGUGUGGGUGAAAUGCUUGGUGGAUUGUUCUACAGCAACUAUCCUGGUGGUAGCGGCUUGACUUCUGGUGCUGUGUUCGGGCGGAGAGCUGGCGCAUCAGCGGCGAGGCUUGUUGCUGGGUCUGACACUCAGGCCAAACUGUAA